AGUCUCUCCGUUGCCGGCAUCGCGAACGCGGCUCACGGGCAGUCUCUCGCUUAUUCAAUGUUUCUGUGCUCUGUGUAAUACAAAUAAAAAAAUUGUAAUAGAAGCAGUGAGGUAAUCUUAAUUAAGUCGCUCAACUACAAAUCCGUGAAUUAACAAAUUUUUCACCGUCACCACUUGAAAAACGGCCAAACUGUGUGGAUUUUUGUGAGGUUCCCGGUGAAUGUGGGGAGGAAGUUGUACCAUGUGUCUGUUGUGUGCAUGUUAAAGUGGAGGAUUGCUCAACGGCAAAAUCAACGGACUGAAAAUUGAAAUUAACUUUUUUUUUCUUACUUCUUCUUCCCAAGUGGAAAGGUGAAUUGGUAGUGCACACAUUGUCUCUUUUUUUCGGGAAAGGUGAAAAAAAAACAGAAGUAAAAACCUGAAGAGAAUUUUUCAAGUGAGGGGUGUGUUGUGUUUUCCUGGCCACCAUCAUUUGCUCUCGCUGCAAAUAUAGCGUAGAGGAGUGACUCUGACCGAGUGCAAGUGCAGUUGGUGAUUCUGUGGCGGUGUAACAAUAAAAUGCACCAAAAUGCCCUUCGUGCAGCGUGUUGUGAGCCCAGUGUAUGUUGCCCGUUCCAAGGGGGCGAAGUCAACCCCAAAGGUGGGUGGUGGUGCAAAUCCCGAGGCGGGAUGCAGCAGUGUGCAGUGUGGCGAUGCAGGCGAUCAAAUUGCCGCAACGCAGAAAGUGGUACCUGUGAGUGAUCACGAGCUCGAAGCCGUGACCAACGUGACACUGAGCAAUGCUCUGAAGCAGCUUGCAUCGCUCGUUCUCAUUGCCAAUGAUAUCUUCACGGAGCUCAAUGCUCAACUGCAGAGUGUCAGCGAUAGAUCGCGUGGAAUUAAAUCCCGAAUCGAUGCCCUGGAGCAGCGUGUGGAGGCGUUUGACCCCAAGACGGUGCCAGUCCCUGAGGGUGAUUUGGCCACAUUCGUGCACAUCAAGAAUCACUUCAGGGCCGCUCAAACCUUUGCCACGGCCCUCUUCACGCCCGCCACGAGAUCAGCGGCUGUGAGGAAUUUAUACGAGGCUGCUGCCAAGACGCCUGUUUCUGUGAUGCGCGAAAUGGACACACUACUGGGGCAGGAUGAGCGACGAGCCUCCCUGGCGGAGAUCUUUAUGUGUACCCCCGUCCUUGGGCAGACAAGGCGGCGUAUGAGGCGCAAUAUUGAUGUGGAGAUUGAAACGAGAAUGCCGGCUGCUCUCGAUGACCUGAGGAAGUGGACCUCGCUGGAGGCCAUUGGAGACAUCACAGUGACACCAGACUGCGUGGCACGCGUCGGAUUUGCCGGGCAGCUGAAUGCAACGGACGCUUCAGGCGGUCAUCCAGCAGUGGUGGUGACGCCCUGCACGCCACCGUCGGGUGAUGAGGAUGAACCAGACGACAUCACAGUGAUCAGUAGUCAGCGAAUUCACGAUUCCCUCCCUGCCACGCCAGACGACAUGCCGCUGGACCACAGAUUGCCAUCGCCGGAGGAACAGUGCAAGAUUCUAGCCCUCAAAUUCCCAGCGGAAGUUGUGUCAGUGGAUAUUUCGGGGAAACGUUUCGACCGAAUGUGCCACACACGGAAGUCCCUGCUGCACACCCAAAUCGCCGGUUCGGCAUCUGAGAGCGGCGUCAGCUCUCCGCCGUCGGACAGCAUUGACAACCAGACUGUAAAGCGACGCUCUAGGCCGAAAAAACCACGCGGGAAGCGACGAAAUACGCUCGCGGGUACCGAUCAGAAGGAGAUUCAGGAAGCUGCCAAUGGGGAACCUGAAACGGUGACGGCACCCGAUGACGUCGAGGAUCUCCUGAUGAUUGUGCCACGUUCCAAGUCCAGCGAUAUCUUCAAGAGGGACCCCUUCGACUCGGGCCGGACCCUUUCGACACACUUCAACUCCCUGAAGCAAUGGGGUAUGAAUCGCUUAAGGAUGUACCGCAAUAGCAGCGAAGACAGGAAGGAAGUUUCGAGCGGUGCCAAAUCUUCCGACAUUGAUGAUUUUAAUGUUCACGAAAGUAUUGGCAUCCGCAACCGCCGCAAGUUGGGCGAGAAGGAGCGGAAGCUUUUGCACGAGCGAAAGCCUUCGUACUCCUCGUCGGAGAAGAGUAUCUCCAUCGCAUCGCCAGCAAGUAUAAAUCCUGUCAAGUUGCGUGAGUCGUCAUCAAUUCGACGACAACGGCGGAUAGGGCAUGCAACGCGUGAGGAGCCUAACUCUUCUAGUGGCAACUGGAGUGCAAGCUCUGAGUCUGGGAGGACGUCAAUAGGGAGUGAGAUUACGGCUCAACCCAAGUCUAGUGCUUCAAGCAACAGUCUCAAUCACAAUCAUCAUCCAGGUAGUGGACCACCUAGUUCAAUCAUCAGCCGAAGGAGAUUCCUCAACACGAGUGCAUCAAGUAGUGUUACGAGCGAGGGAACAGCUACACCUGAUCUACAAGGACAUGAAAUGUUCUACGAUGACGGAGAGACAAGUUCAGCAUACUCCUGUGACACAGAGGGGUACUACACAUCCUUCCACGUGGAUUCAGGACUGAAAACUCUCAAAGAAGAAGAACCAGUAACACCCCUACACACGUCUUCGGCUCUCUCGUCUACAAACUCCUUUUCCAGUUCGGGCAAUCAAACAGUCUUGUCGGCUGAAAAUGAAUACGAACUCUUCGGCAAAGGUUCAACGUCUACAACAACGAGUUCAGCAGGAACAGUCUGUACAACCCUCAAGGCAGCAGGAAGCGAUCGUAGCCUUAUUGUUGGGCCAACUGUUCCAGAAAGAAAGAGUUCACUGACAAAACUCAAUCGUAGCAGUAGUACGAAUAGCGGUGGAACGCUGGAAAGAAGCUACUCCAGUAGUACUGUGGGAAGUACACUUGAACGAACGGGAACAAUUAAGAGAAACGGUGUACUGCUACAGAAGGAAGUAGCCGCUGUUAUUCAUCAACAUCAGCAGGAUCAGCAGAAGGAAGCACGAACGGAUUCUCCAGAUAGUGGCAACAACACAAGCUCUUCCCCCGUUGAAUCAAAUGCAAACUCCAGUCCAACUCAGGGUGUACGAAGCUACUCGGAGUUUGAGUACUCCGAAUCAUCAGACUUGGAGGGAGUUGAUCGCAUUGAGAGGAUCAGGAGUAAGACGACAAUUAAUUCCAGUAGAAUUCCAUCCAUGUGCGUUAUAACGCCAACAAACAGUGAUGAUGAGUAUCAGGCUGUUAUUGCAAAGAAAACUGGAGCUUUAGCUGGAUCUGCAGCCCAGAGGCAGAAGCUGGAGAUUCCACUUCAGGAGACAGAUCUGGAUUCAUUGCAAUUCAAUAAAGCCAGUGAGAAGGCAGAUAGUGAGAAAUUGCAAAUUAUCACUGUGAAUCAAUCCACGGGCUAUGCCACCGUCCAGACAAUUGAUACGCCCAAAUCGGCACCACCCAUUGGUCCAACUAAACCUUCAGAGCUCAAGAAGGAGGUGCAGUAUGUGAAGAAGACAACGCUGCUGCCGCUAAAUUCAAUGCUGGGACGUCUUAAGGGAGUCUUGCCGACAUUGUCGAAAAUGAAAAGUCCCCAAAAAGACACGCCUGAGGCGGAUGGUGAUGCAGCCAAGGAACCCGAUACGUCUGGGGAAUACGUGACCAUUGCGGAUGUGAAGAAUAACAACAAAACACCCGGGGGUGGUGUCUAUUACACCAACGACGUGGUCAAGAGGAAUUUAGCAACUGUUCUAUCGGGGAAUCUUGCCGAGGAGACGGAAUAUGUGUCUCUGAAUGAACUCCCAGCCAACAUGCGAUGCGAGAGCAAUCUGUCGUCACCCAGCAUCACGAGUAGCACGUCCGCCGAGAAGAAAAUCGAUACGGAGACGGAGAACGACAAUCGUAGGGGUGCGCGCGUCAUGCUGGAUGCGCAAGGGAAGGUUGUAUACAGUUCAGACAGUUUGAAACGACGAAAGGGUGCACACACAACUUUCGCCCCCGGACCGUGUGUUAAGGACACCCAGCAGGGGAGUCAGGUGAGCCCCAGUGGGGCACAAGUCGUCACACCCGGUGGGUUGACGCACCGAAAACCCACCAUUGUACGCCCUGUGCCAGCACUCAAUCCCGCCCGAAGGUACGCGAGUGAAAAUCAGGCCACAGCGGCCAAUGAACCCCUGAACGAGGACGCGCCCCCAUCGGACGAGGAAGUGAAGACACCCCCACCAGCUCCAAUGCUACCCUUUGGACCACUCACGGGGGCUUAUGUGAAUCUUCAGUGCGAAGAGGAUACAUACCUACCACCCCCACCGCCACAUCUUGCAGCCCCCAUGGUUUCUGCCAAUACAGGCUAUCUACCUUCGUACCCUGACGACACUCGGACCCACCUUGCCACCCUCCCACGCGCACCGGCCAUGUGUGCGCCACCAGCCGUCUACGAGAGCGUUGGAUCAACGUACUGGACGCUGCAGGCACGAAAGCCACCCGUCGAGGCACUUUACUCGACACCCAACAAGCCCAAGAGGACCCCACUGAAGACAACACCAUUGGGCUUUGAGACCUUCUUCUCGCCCGUGAAGGAGUCCUCGGUGCGUGAGGAGAGCCCCACAGAGUCUCCGAUUGAUCCACGCAGUGGUGGCAGUAUGCGAACAUCGACACCAUCGCGUGACACCCCACGGUCACCAACGGUGAAACCCAGCCUGGCUGAUGAGCUGCGAACAAAGCUACGAAUCCAGGAGGGAGUGCGAUCGAACGGGAAUAGCCCAUCGAGCUCAGGGCGAUCAACACCACGGGGAAUUUUGGAGCCACAGCAACCGCGGGGACGUCACAGCUGGGCCGCGGAUUCCGUUGAAAUCCCCCAGACGUGCUCAGAUCGCAUGGGAGCCCCCAAAACGAGUCUCAUGGACUUUAAGCGACUUCUCCUGGCCAAAGCGGGAAAGAAUACGGCCGUAUCGAAGCCAUCAGCUGUGGAGCAGCUGCUGAAGAAGCCACCACCAAAGGUGGAUGUUGCGAGUCCCGUGAAACCCUCCCCACUGAAUACGAGUCUCAAAAUCCAGGAUCUCAGUGGAUCACCGAAAACCUUUGCGAGUCGUCGAAUGAUACGUCAGGGGAACUUCGGGGGGUCACCGGCUAAGGGAGGGCUAGGCGGUGGGAAGCACAUGUCCCCACGAUCGGUCAAUUGGCGCCUCAACAGUGCCACAAAGCACGAUGUGAUGUCCACAUCAAUCCCAGAGGCCAACAGCGAGGAGGACAACUCAUCCAGCCCCGGAAGCUCAACACGACGUAGCUCAAUGGCGUCCACGGAUGAGGCGCCGCCGGUGGAUAUCAAAGCGGAAACGAAGAAUGUUGUGGAGGAGAUUGUAAAGAUGAAGGACAACAUCUUCCUCAAGGCGGAAGAGAAUAAUUUCAUGAAGCACGAAAUGGUGCAGAAGACACCCACCUAUGCAUCCAAUCGCAGCCAAAUGCUCCAAGCUCAGCGAACGCAAUUCCUCAUGGGGCUCAAUCCCGCUGCAGCACCCCCCAAAGGUGCUGCCCGACAAUCCCCGGAGCCAGUGGCAGCCAAACCACCGCCAUCACUCGAAACAGCCCUCUGAUUGAACUCCCCACCCGCAACAUUUCCGCAAUAAUUCGUAGACUGUUUUAGAAUAAACCUAACUACCUAUUUUAUUCGUUAAGGGCUCCACGUGAGAGCCCCCCACACGAAUCCCUAUCAAACUCUACUUUGUUGCUACUUUCCCAAUUAUAGGAUAGUUUUUAUUCUUAGAAGAGAAAGCAUUUUAAUAUAUUAUUAAAAAAAUGAUCAAUCCUAUGUAGAUUUAAUGACGUAACUUAUUUAUAAAGUAAAACAAAAUUAAGGUAAAAAAAAGGAAUUUAUUGACCAUCACAUUCGGAUCAACAUGAAAACUGCCACAACAUACACACAACUGCCUUAUUUUUCGAAUGUCCUGAAUUUUACACAAGAUAUUAGAUUCAACAGGCAAAUCAUGAGCAGAAAAUUGUAUUUAACAGAAAAAAUAGACCAAGAAAUUUAAAUUCUUUGCUUAAGGAAUUUGUGGAGAGGGAAUGAAAAGCUUUUCAGGCGAUAGACUUUGUAAGAAUGUGAGAAAAAAGGUUCAUAAUCGAUUGUAAGAAGAAUGCUGCAUUUAUUUGAUUUUUAAGGUUAGAAAAGAGACCGUUAGGACGCCAUUUUUGACGCCAGAUGAUUUUAAAAAUAAUUUGCUAGAGUAUUUAAGAGAAAUUUUAAAAGGAAGCAUUUAAAACAAGCAUUUUAAGAUAAAAUAAAUACUAAAAAAAAAGAUCUGAGAAGCUGGAGAAGCUGGAGAAGCUAGUUACUUCACCACGAGGCAACUAAGAAUGAUGCAAAGGAGUUGAUAGAAACAGGGGAUAUGUUUAACAUUUGGAGGAUUGAGUUUCUAACCUCAAAACUUUGACCUUGAUUUUCUCUCAAAAGAAAAUGUUUUUCCAAGUUUUCUUUCGGCGAACUUGAAGUAAUUGAACUGCCCUACAUAAAGAUGUAGAAUUUGUCACGAAAUAUUAAGUAGAUUUUAAUUCUGUGGCGCUUGAAAAAAGUCGAAAGCCUCCAAGGGUUAAAGAUCUAAAUAUGGCUGAGUUUAUCCAUCUUUCUAUUUGAGUCGAUUGAUCUUGUAAAGCUUCCUAAAAUUAACCAAAUUCUCCACCAUUUUGUUUUUUAUAGCUAAUUGUUUCAAAGAUGCGUCCUUUGGUAUCAUAACAAUCAAAAUGGCGGCUUAGAAAAUGUCGAAUACAUAGAAAAGAAGAUGGCGUCACUUCCAAAGUCAAAAAAUCUAAUUUUUAUUCACAAAGAUAAUUUAAAAUAAUAAUAAAAAAUGUAUAUUUAGCAUAAAAAAGAAAUGAUACAUGAAAAUAUUCAAAAAAAUUUUGCUUCUUGAUAAAUUCUUUUAAAUUGCAUUUCAAUGAUUUCAAGACUGUUAUAAAUCUUCAUUUUAUGCAUCUUUAAUGCUUCUAAUUCAUGAUAUUCAAGAUAUCCUUAAUUCAUUUUAAUAUUCUUUGUUAAGAAAAAAGGGAAGAUUAGAAGGGAUUUACUCACUACUUCAACUUUCAACUGCAAUCUCUGGUUGACUGUCCUCCUCAGCAGGACUCUCCACAGCUAAAAUCUCGUUGUCUUCAUCAUCUGUUGAGUCUUGAUCGCUUUCCUCCGUUGAUCCCAGCCCAGGAUCGCUAUUUUCAGACUCAGAAUCGCUGUUCUCAGACUCAUGAUCACUGCUCUCAAGUUCCUGAUUGCUGCCCUGAUCUGCGGCUGCUCCAGCUCCUUCCUCAACUACAUCUUCCUCAGCCAAACUUUCAUAGAACUUUUCCUCUCCUGAUGCCUCAGUCCCACCUGAUGCUUCGUCUUUGGCUUCAGAAGAUUUCUUCUCGGGAACUUCUGCUUUAAGUUUGACAUUUCCACUCACAGAAGUCUUGGAAGCUUCAUUCUUCCACAAAUUAUUCCACGACAGCCCAUAAUGAGUUAGCCGCUUAAUCAUAACGCUGCGAUGCUCACUUUCCUUCAACUUCUUCAAAUAGUUCGGAUCUGGUCUCACCAAUCGCCCACGGAUGCAGUACUUGGUGUAGAGCUCAAACAGUGCCAGAUCAGCUUCCUUUCCUACCCUCUGGAAGCAUUUUACUCUGUACUCCAUGAUCUUCUCAGCAUUGUCGCGAUUUGACAUAUGAGCCGUAGAUGCAACAGUGAAAGCUGCAGCAGCAGGCAAUUCACUGAAUUCCAGAUUCUCUCCACCUCCAUACGCACUCUCAUUGAUGCACUUCAGCAGAUGAGCUAUGUCGUAGGUUACGCCAAACUUCUCCUUGAGCUCCUUGUGGAGAUCAGUCACAGAACCGCUGAAAACAUUCCCGGCCAAUGGGAAGAGCAGGUACUUCUCCUUGGCAGCCAUCAAUUCAAUGACUUUCUCCAUUUUCUUCAACGCCAGGAGACUGGCUUGUCUGAUUGUAAGAUGAAUCUUCCCAUUGAUGGCUCUUGGAUUCCCCGUUACAGGUGGAGCAUCGCGAUUCUUGAGGAAGUGCACGUACACACGAUUUGUCACCUCUUUCCCAGCCUUGUCCAUGUGGGUGAGCUCCAUAAUCCUCCUCGUUUCAGUAUUACUCACAAGAUUUGAUGCUGGACCCACUUCAUAGAGGAUCUCCAUGGCAAAGGUACGGGAUACUUGAAAAUCAUCGGGAUCAGUGAGCUCGUCCGCGUAAUCCGGACAUAUUUUCGUGAACUCCCUCUCGAGUACUUUCAUGUCAUACGCAGCGAUCUUCGUGGCUGUUGCAAGUUCUUCGGCAGACAAACCAUCCCUCAUCAUUUUCAUAACCUUUUUCUUACCCUCCCGGAAAUUGUAAAAAAUCCAUCCUGGUGGCUUCUCCAUCGCUCCAAGAAGCUUCCAACUUUCCUUUUAGAGAAGUUUAAGGCUUGAUUGUACGGCAAACACGAUCAGGAACUCACAAAAUCCUACAACACAAAAGGAAUGUUGUGAUCUUGAGUCUAUAAAAUUCCUCAAGAAGUUUCUAACCUUACUUUUAUGGCGUUGUUUUUUUUUUUCAAAAUUUCCGUUAAAGAGGUUAAAACUCUCCUUGAUCUGCCGUUUUCUGAUCUUUCAAGAGCUCUUUUAAUGAGUUUUAUUCACAAAUUCUUUGCAAUAUAACGUAAUUCUUUCACAAAAUUAUGGAAACAAAGGAUAUUAAGACAGAAAAAAAUCAUUCCGUUGAUCACACCCAGACUAACAAUAAAGUUCGUCAAAAUGGCGUAGUGGCAUCAAUUUUAACUCUUCGGAAGCUAAGCACAGGUCUGUCAGGUCUCUUAGGUCUAUCGCCUGAAAAUUUCAAAUCAUUCCCAAAAUAAAGAAAAGAGAGCAUUUUAUCUAUAAAAGAAAAAUAUCACAUUUUUAUCCAUGUUUUAUGAGAGUCUAUAGCUAAAGGAAAAAAAUCGUCAAAUUUACUGUAGAGAAGCUUUUGUAAUUUGUUUAUUUAUUAACAUUGUUGUAUCGUCUUAAUUGCGUAAGAUAGGAUGCAAAAAAUAUUAUGUAAUUGUAUCUUGAAGAAAUAUACACUAUCAACGAACAA